GAUCGAUUAUCGAAGAAAAUUUAAGAUUUGACGUAUCAAACUACAGAUACUCUGCAGACCAGGAAAAACCAGACAAACAGGUUGUAAUCGAAAUCACGUGCACAAAAAUCGCGCCAACAAUACAGAGGUGGGACUUGAUGAAGGAACUGGAAGUAACUUGUCCAUUACGUGCACAAUGGCGAGGCACGUUAAGUGUUGCCGGUCGUGGAGAUCAAAACUUCUCUUGAGCGGACGAUCAUCGAAUGAUACUCGAUCGUUGCUAUUUUCAUUAAGAAGAAGUAGUCAUAGCUUUGCUGAAGUUACAAGGACUGCAACAAUUUCUCCUGAUAGGGAUCACACCUCUGCCAGUCCCGUCAAUACAGGUGGUGGAUUGAGCUUCAACGACGGCAAAAACGCGUUCCGAUCGAAAACGACUUGGGAGAUUAUUCGGGCUUUGGCCAUCUUUAGACUGUGCACUUUCGAUAUUUUGGUGAAUAGAAAUAAAGAGUUGCUUCAGCUUGGUCAAAAGAUUCUUGGAAAGCAUUUGUUCAGGAAAUUAAUGAAGGCUUCUUUUUAUGGUCAUUUUGUGGCUGGUGAAGAUCAAGAAGCAAUCAAGCCAGCAAUUGCUAAUUUAGAGAAGUUUGGAGUUGGUGCAAUUUUAGAUUACUCUGUCGAAGAGGACUUGUCAGAGAGUGAAACCAAAAGUCAUAUAGGACAAAGUGCUGAAGACUCAGUGGAUCCAUCCGAUGAACAUGAGAAGUAUAAACCCCAUGAAGAAUUUGCUGACAGGAGGAAAGGAGUGUACAGUGCCAGGACAUAUUUUUAUGAAGGAGAAGAAGAAUGUGAAAAGAGAGUCAACACAUUUUUCAAAUGCAUUGAUGCAGCAGCAAAUGCUUCCCAGGAUGGCUUUGCUGCAAUCAAGGUUACAGCCUUGGGAAGGCCUCAGAUACUUAUGAGAAUCUCAGAAAUUCUGAAUCAGACGCAGUACUUCUUUGAUCAUCUCGCUUCAGAUUCUGUCUUGAUGGAUAAGAUUGGAAACAGUGUUGCUAGAGACAAGUUCUUUGAAGGCCUCAAAAGACUUGGGGUUGAGAUGAGCCCAGAAGAAGCAAACAGAAUAUUUGACUUGAUUGACACCAACAAGUCAGGUGAUAUUGAUGCCAUAGAAUGGCAUGAGUUCUUGACCCCACAGCUGAAACUUUCUCAGUUAUUCAAGGCAAAGCCACUGGGGGAUGAGAAGUCAGGAAGGGCAAUAAUUUCAGUUCUAACAAACGAGGAACUUGUUCAAAUGGAAAACAUGGCAAACAGACUAACAACUCUUGCUGAGCAUGCUUCAAAAAUUGGUGUGAGGCUUAUGGUUGAUGCUGAACAAACCUACUUUCAACCUGCCAUACGACACCUCACAUUAGACUUGAUGAGGAAGUUCAACAAGGAAACACCACUUGUUAUGAACACAUACCAGUGUUAUUUAAAGGACACCUACACAAAGAUACAGACAGAUAUAGAGUUGGCCAGACGAGAAGGCUACAUGUUUGGUGCUAAGCUUGUGCGAGGUGCUUAUAUGGAGCAAGAGCGACUAAGGGCCAGCACAAUAGGCUACCCUGAGCCAAUUCACCCAAGCUACAAGGCAACUAGCAAAUGUUUUGAUGAAGUUUUGAAUGCAGUGUUAGAGGAAACAAAGAGAGGAAAUGCUAAUGUCAUUGUGGCAACUCAUAAUGAGAAUUCCAUCAAAGUGGCCAUCAACAGGAUGCACGAGUUGGGAAUUUCACCUCAGGAAAGGAAAGUCUUCUUUGGACAGCUCUUUGGAAUGUCUGAUGCAAUAUCAUUUACAUUAGGUAAUGAAGGGUAUGCUGUGUACAAGUAUGUUCCAUUUGGACCUGUAGAAGACGUUCUGCCAUACCUCUCUCGAAGAGCAGUGGAAAAUAAAGGCCUUCUUAAGGGGGUGCUCAAAGAGAGAGGCCUUCUCUGGGGGGAACUCAAGAGGAGGUUCCGAGAGGGAGAGCUGAGGUACAACCCAGCACUGUGAGAAAAUGUUGGUUCUUCAAAGAGAACUAGAAGCACACCUUGCUUUCAAAAGUUCUACAACCUGGAGUUCCUUCAACUGUCAUCAGAUAACCAUAAUGAUAGUAAUGUUUGAUAAAGUUAGAUUUGUUAUUAAAUAUGAUACGGGUAAAAUUUAAAUGUUAAGCAAUUUGAGACAUUGCAACAGUCCAUGUGGCUUGUCUAAGUCAGUAUCGCUUUUUUUGUUGCUUUAUGGUUCAAACAAUGAUCUCAACCCAAUGCAUUGUAAAGUUCCUGUCCCACAUUUAUGGAAAAUUCAGGUUAGUCUAUUUACAAGUAUAUUGGAAAUUCAUACAAUACACAAGAAUUGCAAUGGAUAAUUAGGAGGAAGAAACAAGUCAUUCAACAUUGAUGAAAGGAUAAAAUAAUAUUGAAAAUUGGACAAUUUAGGACUAAACUUAGAUAAUAUUUCUACAGCCACAGAAUGUAAUGAUUGUAUGUAAAUUAGUAGGGCUGUUCAAAUUUUCUUGACAAACAUUCAAAGGUAUUGGCCUUAUAAAUAGGAAAUGGACAGAAACCAGUGUUUAGAAAAAAAAAUUCUUGGGUUGGGGUAUAAUUGACUCAAUUUAAUCAUAAUACUGGUCUCUCUUUUCAUCCAGAUAGUGAUUGUAGUGUCAUGUGCUGGAAAUUGUGUUAUUAAAUAGUAGUAUUCCUUUGAAAUAACUUGUUGAUUUUUAAGAUUAUUUGUUCUCUAGAGUUUGUAAUAUGUCACAGCCAGGUGCAAAGAAUAUGAAUUGAGAAUACUUUCUUUGAUUAUGGCACAGAAUAUGAUACACGCAUUAAUUGUUUAGAAGAUUGUAGGAUACAUGCAUUUUGUGGGGGUUGGGUGCACUUUUCAAAUUUUUUGGAUUUUAAUGUUAAAACAACCAUUUUUUCAAAGUAUUGUAUGGAACAAGAGCUACGUUUUCAAUGAGGAUUCAUUCCUAUUUUUGAAUGAUGUUAUCAGUGGUACUGUUAUUUAAUGAUGAAAAAUGAUGCAUUCAUAAUUCUACUCUCAAAAUUAAGAUUUUAUUGUGUUCCCAUUAUUUUGAUUGUAUCCACAUGCAUUUAAUAGUUGGGUGUACUUUUUCAAUAUUUUUAAGAUUUAAAACGCAUUUUUGAAAAUAUUGUGCGGAAGAGCAUUUUUUUUAUCUUUAUAAGGGAUUCAUUCCUAUUCUUCAAUGAGGUCAGGAGUAAUCUGUCAUUUAAUGAAAAAUAUUGCAUUCAUAAUUCUAAUUCCAAGAUUUAAUUGAGUAAGCUGGUAUCUGGAAAAUAAUAGGGGAAUUUCUUGUGUAGUAGGUGGCCACAGUAAAAUCCAAUCUGGGGAAGAUGCAAAUAAAUGUAAAUUAUAAAAUAGAAUUUAGCAAUGGGCUUAGGGUAGAGUGGAUUAAGUUGCCAAAUUAAUGAAUUACUUUUGAGGUUCCCAAAGUCUGGGAUUGGUUAUCCCUGCCACCAGGGUCUAAAAGUAGAGUAGCUCAGAGUUACUGUCAUGAUGAACAAAAAAUUUGUGUGAUUUGAAGUGUUGUAGAUUAGUAGUUGAUUAGUUCACUCUGAUCUGCGUCUACUGAUUGUGAUAAGUUGUUGUUAUCUCUGGGUCUUGGACUUACAAACAGAGGUUGUAGAAGUCUUGUGAGAUUCAUAUUUUACGAUAUGCAAACCCUCCUUUUGUAAUACAUGAUAAUGACUUUGUCUGAGUUGUAGUUUUCUUAGACAAAUAUCCCAUUUUUGAGAUGUUACUGCCUCUAAAUCAGAACAAGGCCCUAGUACACAUCCAUUCAUGAGAGAAUCAGACUAAUUUGUUAGCAAAAUAAUUCAAUAAUGAAACAAAGACUCACUAUGGUAAUACCAAUAAAGGCACAAAAAAUGGACUAGUUAAAUAGUUAUGCCUGAAAAAACAUUAUUAUUGGAGGUAAGUAUAUAAUGUAAAGUUGUAAAUGACAAUUUUUGUCCUCAUUGAAUGAACAAAUAAAGAGAUCACAAGAUGGCUUGGUGGUUACACUUCUACAA